AUGUCCACAUCGGAGUCAUACAAAUCACGGCUUGCAGCAGCUAUUGCCAUGGAUGAGUGCCAAGCAUUCCCCGACUUGGCUCCAGACUUGUCGGUUUCAAACUUCGAGACCGUGCACUCUGAAAUGGAUUUGCAACCAUCAACGCCCCAAGAUCAAGCCUCCCUGGGAGCACAGCAGCCAUCUGCAACAGCCACAUCUGCACAAGGAACACCUAGAGUUAGGGCCAGGAUCCGGAAGGUGUUGACUCCUCGUUCUUUGAAGAGGCUGCAGCGAUACCGUGAUGAGAAUAACCGCAUUCGUCAAGUUGUUGCAAGACUAAAGAAGCCCACAAGACCAAUUGCAUCCCGUGCACAGCUUCUGUGCACGGGCGCACGCUUCAACGUUGCCUAAUUUUUUUUGCCCAACUACUUUGCAGAAGC